AUGGGGCUGCGCUUGCUGCAUCACUUUACUCUAUUUACCAGCGCUACUAUGCCCGGGGCCCACCUGAAGCGUAUCAAAGACUGUUGGUCGAUCGACGUGCCCCGACUCGCCUUCAGUUACAAACCGCUCCUGCACGCCGUCUUCGCAAUCUCCGCCCUGCAUCUGUUCAAAGCCAACCCAAACGAAGCUAGCUUGCCGGACAUCCACUGCAUUUACCUCGAGCAGGCUUUGCGCGAACAUCGACUCUGUAUUGGUGGCAUGACUCCGCAGACUGCGGAUGCGGUGUGCUUUACGAGCAUCCUGUUACUGGUCGGUGAAUUUGCUACCCUACAGGAUCGUCCUGUUGCUUCUUACAAAUCGGUAAAUGAAUGGAUGCAUCUAGUGCGCGGGUCGGUAUCCGUCUUUGAUGCGGCCUUGGAGAUUAUCAGGCGUAAUACUCAUCCCGCGAAUAUCUGGUGUAUUACAGAGACCUUUCCUAUCCCCUUGCGGACGAAUUCUGAUGCUGGAGCAUUUUCCUUCCUGCUUCCGACUGUGCCCGACGACAAGGAUGACGAGACGGCGCUAGAAGCAUAUCGUGGGGCCGUCGCGCAUAUCAACGCCACCUGGCUGGCCAUGGAAGCAAAGGAACAUCCGCAAAUCAGCUGUCGCCGGCUCAUGCCUACUUUCUCGCCUUGUCGGCACCAUUACGCGACAUAUGGUGGAUUGGAGACACUGCACACAAAUACAUUAUGGCUCUUCAACGAAUUCUUCCGGCCCAGUGGGAACACCUAA